AUGCUUGUACACCUCAUCGUCCUUAGCACCGCGCUUGCGGCGGCCACAAGCGGCAAACACGGAGGAGUAGAAGUACCGGAAUUUGGAGAACCAAUCACCAACCUGACAGUUCCCAUCGGCCGCGAUGCGACUUUCAAGUGUAUAGUCGUCAAUUUAGGCAAUUAUCGAGUGGGCUGGGUGAAGGCGGAUACAAAGGCGAUACAGGCUAUACACGAGCACGUGAUCACGCACAACCACCGAGUGUCGGUAUCGCACGCCGAUCACUCGACCUGGUACCUGCAUAUCAAGAACGUGCAAGAAGAAGACCGAGGGCAGUACAUGUGCCAAAUAAAUACAGACCCUAUGAAGAGUCAGAUGGGAUACCUAGAAGUGGUAAUACCACCCGAUUUUAUCCCCGAAGAAACAUCAGGAGAUACGAUGGUUCCCGAAGGUGGCACGGCGAGGCUGUCAUGUAAGGCGCGUGGAAUCCCUCAACCAAGAGUUAUGUGGAAACGGGAAGAUGGACAGGAAAUUGUUGUUAGAGAUAACACUGGAGCUAAAACUAAAGUUCUGGCAUACCAAGGUGAAGUAUUAAAGUUGACGAAGAUAUCGCGUUCCGAAAUGGGGACAUACUUGUGUAUCGCAAGUAAUGCAGUUCCGCCUACAGUGAGCAAGAGGAUUCAUAUAAGCGUACAUUUUCACCCAGUGAUUCAAGUACCAAACCAACUCGUAGGUGCACCUUUGGGCACAGACGUUACCCUCGAAUGCUAUGUUGAGUCUUCACCCAAGUCAAUCAACUAUUGGGUUAAAGAUCCAGGUGAACUGAUAAUACCGUCGGAGCAUCAUGAGAUGGUUGUCAGACAAAAGUCUAUGUUUGAAGCUGAAAUGUCUAUGACGAUCAAAAACAUUAGGAGGGAAGAUCUCGGCAGCUACAUAUGCGUAGCAAAGAACUCCUUAGGGGAUGUUGAAAGUAAAAUAAGACUAUAUGAAAUUCCGGGUAACGACAGGCACAUAUUUCAGUACCCAGAUGAAAGGAUCGUUUCAGAAGACGAAUAUGGAACAGAAAUAUAUGAUGAAGAUUUCGACGAAAAAAACACUGAAAAGAGCAAUCGAGUUCUAGACAAGGCGAACAAAUGGUACUCAAACGAUGGUAAAAUAAUCGUUACAAAUAACAGCGCAUCAGUAUUGAAAAAAGCCAGCUUGUAUCACGGAAAAUCUCAGAAAAUUGAAUUCGAUGUAAAUUUAAACCGUAGAAAUCUCAAAGAGAUGUUGGAAAAUUUCACGCUACAAGCGUAUUCAAUCUAA